UUCAUAGAACCUUUGCUACUCAAAUUUGCUGGAAGGAACGAUGUUGAAGAGAGACUGAAGUUCGUUUUCAUGUCAGGAAAUUCCAGCGAUAGGUAUAACGAGGCAUUGCAGGUUGUUGAUGAAGUACAUGGAAUCAUCUUCUCUCUACACAAUUCAGAUGAACUGGUGCAAGAUUUCUCACUACUUAUUUCUAAUGAAAACUCAUGAGAUUUGCUCACACUACUGCAUCUUCUGGGAGGCCGAUCUCCAAGAACAUGCUUGCAGUGGAAUGCAUUACAGGGUAUGCAAAACUGCUGGAGAAUGUCAUAACUUUCUCAUCUGAUGUCAUACUUCCAGGAGACACCUCUCAGCUUAAGCAGGGCUUAUGGGAGUGGGUACAUUUCCAAAAGGAUGUAGAGAAUGGUAAUGACAUAGAAGAUCUUCAAAUGAACGAUGUGGAUCCAAUAAAUUCCAGUGUUGUUUCUUACCUUGAAGCAGACAUGACAGGUUUUGCUCCUUUGAUGAAUGUAUGCAGAGAUGAUCCGGAGGCUUUAAUGGAAGUCUUUCCACGUGAGUUGGUGUGGGACGUCUUGAAUGAGAUGGAGCAAUCUGAGAAAGUAAAUAGACUGGAGACGGAGGAGGUAUGUGAAUAUUUUUUUUUACUGACAAGUAGUCCUUUUCCCUAUCCAUCCAGCCCUAUAACCAAAAGAAAAGAAGAACAAUAAGGAAAAGGAAAAACAAUUGAUCUGUACUUGUCCAUGUUUUUAUUUUUCUUGAAUUCCCUUUGAUGGAAGACCUGUUG